CAACCAUUCAUAGCUGAUCUGGACAGCACUGUUAAUGCUGCUGCACCUCCUCGUCGACAUACUCCGCUGAGCAGUCCCGUCCUCGCCGAAUCAGCAAUUCCAUUGCUUGGGGCCCAGAUUAGUUUGGAGUUUUUCCAACGUCGUCCACGGCCAUGGCCGCUGACAACUGAAUCAGUUGCAUGGGAACGAUGGAUACUGCUUCUCGACAUAUUCAAGGCGAAUUCUUACGGUAUGUAA